AUGAACAACUACCACAAAAGUACCAGACAUCAUCCUAUGCUCAGCAAGAUUGCCAUGGACCAGAAAAUCAGCGCGUCUGGUCCUGCGAAGGGACACAAUGAGGCAGUACCAGCUGUUCUUCCGAACGGAGACUACGACGACAGAAACGAGGGUCCAGCUAUUGCUAUUGUUGGCAUGGCUACUCGUCUCUGUGGAGGUAUAACAUCGCCGGAAGAACUCUGGGAGUUUCUUAUCGAGGGCAAAAAUGGGCUGUGCGAGAUUCCAGGCACACGAUAUAAUAUCGACUCAUUCUACGGUCCGGGAAAGCCCGAGUCUGUGAAGACGCGAAAAGGCUACUUUUUGCAGCACGACCCAGCACUACUCGACAGCGAAUUCUUUGGUAUUCAUCCUAUUGAAGUAGAAAAGAUGGACCCUCAGCAGAAGCAGCUUCUAGAGGUGACGGUAGAGUGUAUGGAGAGUGCGGGAGAAACCGAGCUUCGAGGAUCUAACAUCGGAUGCUAUGUCGGCGUGUUUGGCGAAGACUGGAUCGGCAUGGCAAGCCAAGACCCCCAAUCCAUGGACAGAUAUCACGUUUCGAGCACAGGCCUUUUCGCGCUAGCAAAUAGGCUAUCGUAUCAAUUUGACUGGCACGGGCCUAGCAUGACGAUACAGACGGCGUGUUCAUCAUCCAUGGUAAGCCUCCACGAAGGGUGCCAGGCCUUGCUGAGAAACGACUGCACCGCGGCUGUGGUGGCUGGUGUGAACUUGAUAUUGAAUCCUGCCAUGACCAUUGGCAUGUCGGAUAGCAAAGUCUUAUCUGCGGACGGGGCCUGCAAAACCUUUGACGAAUCGGCAGACGGCUACGGCCGUGGCGAGGGCAUCAGUGUCGUCCUGCUCAAAAGAUUGAAGGAUGCACUGCGAGAUGGCGACAGCAUCCGGGCGGUCAUACGCGGCACCCACACCAAUCAUGACGGAAAGACAACUACUUCAUUCGGGCCGGAUAUGAAAGGGCAAGAAGAUUUGAUCAACACUGCAUAUCUACGGGCGGGAAUCAAUGAUAUCGGCCAGACACCAUUUUUCGAGUGCCAUGGCACUGGCACACCCGUUGGAGAUGUCGUUGAGGUGUCCGCAAUUACCAGAGUACUUCGACAGAGCAGCUUGAGUGAUCAUGAGCCUAAAGACAUAACGGUGAUUGGAUCAAUCAAGCCCAAUGUCGGACAUACAGAAGGCGCAUCUGGCCUGACCUCCGUCAUUAAAGCUGUUCUUUCCCUUGAGCAUGGCACAAUUCCGCCAAAUGCAUUCUUCAAGGCAUAUAACUCGAAAGCAUCUUUUCAAGAGGCCAAGCUAUUAGUCCCACAGAAAGCGAUGCCGUUUCCCGAUGGACGAAAGAAACGGGUCAGUGUCAAUUGUUUCGGUGUUGGAGGCUCGAAUUCUCACGCUAUCCUCGAGUCGGCAGAGUCCUAUCUACACAGCGCUCGAGGCUGUUCAGAGGAACCGUUAAGUGACGAUGCGAAGUCUUCCAAUCAAAGAUAUCUUAUUGUCUUGUCUUCCAAGAGCGCAGAUGCUUUGGAGAGACGUAUCGCCAGUUUAGUCGACUACUUGAAGAUGCCGGAAGCUUGCAGUAUGCAGGAUUUGUCCUAUACACUCUGCUGCAGGCGAAAGCACUAUAUGUAUCGAGCAUUUGCGGUGGCAAACUCCCACCGGCCACUCACCAGGCUAGAUUUUCGCACCGCAUAUGUGCGGUCAGUUGUCCCUGUUUGGUUGUUCACUGGUCAAGGAGCACAAUGGGCCGGUAUGGCGCGCCAACUUCUUGAAACCUCUCCUCAGUUCCGGGAAGAUAUGUUGCAACUCGAAGCCGCAUUGAAGGCCCUUCCAGAUGCCCCGGCUUGGUCCAUAAUUGAAGAACUCGGUAAACCUACCGCACAGGAGAGUCGGGUUAACGAGACGGAAAUCUCGCAGCCGCUGUCUACUGCUGUCGCCAUUGGGUUGACGAACCAUUUGCGUCGCUUGAACCUCAAACCUGCAGCGAUAAUCGGGCAUUCUAGUGGUGAGCUAGCAGCAGCCUAUGCGUCUGGGGCCAUCACCGCUGCCUCGGCCAUUGUGCUAGCAUACUUCAGAGGCAUCGUUUCUAAGUCGAGAGAGGGUAAAGGUGCCAUGGCAAGCAUCGGACUCGGUUGUGCAGAAAUUGCUCCAUUUUUGGAGGGAUUCUCUGAUAUUACUGUGGCCUGCAAGAACAGCCCUCGGAACACGGUCCUGUCUGGUAAUGCCGCCACGCUAGAACAAGUAGUCAGUUCCAUCAAGUUGGAGCACAAAGAAGUGUUUUGCAGAACACUUCGAGUCUCUGUUGCAUAUCACUCCUCGCAAAUGGAGGAGGCAUCAGCCUUGUACAAGAGUAUGAUUUCAAGCCAUGUUCAUCAUAAUGAUACCAUGGUGCCAAUGUAUUCGACUUCGACUCGAGCCACAAUCACAGACCCAAGAAAGCUAGACCCGGAAUACUGGCGCCACGGCCUGGCAUCUCCGGUGCAAUUUGCUGACGCAGUGGCAGACGCCAUUUUGGACCACCGCGACUCGCAGCUGGUUUUCGUCGAGAUUGGACCGAAUUCGACAUUCUCCUCGCUCUUGAGGCAGAUAGCGGAGACCAUGUGGUUAGACGAGGAUUGUAUACCCAUAUAUGUUCCGACCCUAACUCGUAAUGAUCCAGACUCUAUCUCACAAUUGCUACACACAGUUGGUCGCCUCCAUUGCUUGGGUACUGAUCUUGACAUGCCCAAUGUUACGGGACGUGGCAAAGUCUUAUCUAAUCUACCCGCGUAUCCAUGGAAACAUCAGCUUCUUCAGCGUGAAAGCCGCUUGACUCAUGAAUGGCGGCAUCGAGAAGCGCCGCACCAUGAGCUACUCGGUUCAAGAAUACCAGUUAUGCCAGAAAGCGAGCCUGCAUGGAGAAACCUGAUCCAGCUAGGAGACGUCAUCUGGAUGGGAGACCAUAAAAUAGACGGGAAAGUCAUUUUUCCCGUGGCUGGAUACGUGGCAAUGGCUGGGGCGGCGUGCAUGCAGCUUCAGAGCGAUGCCGUAGCCUACGAACUACGUGCUCUUGCUCUCACGUCUUUCCUAGUUAUUCGCCCAGGAAAGCAGACUGAAAUUCUCACCAGCCUCAAAAAACAUCGAUACAAUGACCUGGCGGAGUCAGAUUGGUAUUCAUUCACCAUCUGCUCCCACGACGGCACGAGUUGGACACAACAUUGCCACGGCCAGGCCCGGGCUGUGGAUUAUGAUCUCCCACCGGACCAAGGCCAGCUUGGCGCCCUUCCUCAGUCGUAUGCCCGCCAAGUCAACCUGACUGAAUGGUACAAGCAUACAAGAAGACGCGGGUUUGACUAUGGGCAGAGUUUCCGUAGCCUUGCUCAGGUUUCCGCCGACCCAGCCCAACUUGCCGCGAAGGGAACUCUAGAUGAAAACACAUGGUUGUUGAACGAAGACACUAAAUACCCUGCCCAUCCAACAGACAUCGAUCGAUGCAUACAGUUGAUGGGUAUUGCAUUCGGGCAUGGACUUCACCGCCGCAUUGGCGUCCUGCAAGUACCUCAAUCUAUCGGGUCCAUAUUUGUCUCUACACGCCGGUCUUCAGAGGCCUAUGUAAGAGGAACAGAUGAUGGCCAUCGAGGCCUAUCGUGGCAAGCCAAUGCAGUGUCUGACCAAGGGAUUGUUUCGUAUAUCCGAGAAUUGCGCUCUGUUGCCUUGGAUAAAGCAGUUCAACCGGCCGAGUCGACCCCUCAAUUGGCCAGUCUAAAGUGGCAGCCUCUCCUUGACCUGUUACCACCCAGAGAGCUUCUGUUGCCCGCUGAGAAACUAGACGAGGUCCAUCGGCAGCACCCUUGGAGCCGAUUUCUUGGGCUCAUCACACAUGUGCAGCCCAAGUUGCGUGUCCUGGAAGUCGGCACCGCCUCUCCCGAUUCUACCAGGUCUAAUCUGAGGUACUUUAAGUCUAGCCAGGGUACUAUGAUGUUCUCGUCUUAUACGCUGGCGAGCUCGUCAACUGUGGCUUUGGACAGAGCGAGGAUUGAAUUCAACGACGACCCCAACAUAUCAUUCAAGGUGCUGGAUACACACAGUAACAUUUUGAAUCAAGCAGUGGAGCCUCACACCUUUGAUCUAAUUUUGACCUCUGAGGCGGAUCAUCUUCUUUCUCCCCAGUCGCUAUCGACUUUGAGGCAGUUGGUCACCCCGCGAGGGUGGCUGUUGUUCCAAAAUGCAGACUUUGUAAAAAAGUGCCAGGACGAGAGUUUCGUUCAAAGUUGGUGCAAGGAUCGAAUCAAGGAAACAUAUGCCGAGAUUUUGAAAGCAGCUGGGUUUGAACUUGCUCAAGCGCAAGUCGGUAAUCAGCCACAGAGCGAGGCAUGCUCUACAUCAAGGCUCACUUUACUGGCCAGUGCAGCCUCCGCACCACAACAUUUAGCAAAAGAGGUCACGUUGCUCACUGGCGACAAUCUGGAAAUCUACAACGAGAUGUUUGCAGAAGAGUUCUCAAAAAGAGGCUACACAGUAACUUGGAGCACUCUAAACACAGUCCCUGCCGCGGGCCAGAACAUCAUCUCUUUGCUGGAUCUCAACGGACCAACCAUUGCAGAAUUGACCAAAGCGAGUUUCCAACAGCUGAAGACUUACUUGAUCGAUGGGCAGCCAAAACACAUGCUAUGGUUGACAAGACCGGCGCAGCAUCAGUGCCAUGAUCCGAGAUACGGACUCACACACGGGCUUGUGCGAACACUGCGCCACGAGCAUGCAGUUGACAUGUCCGUGGCAGAGAUUUUAUCUGUCGAUGCCACUGUAAUUGAGCUUUUGAGGGAUUUCGAGUUCUUUGUUGAUGAAGCGGUGCACGUCGGCCGAUAUCACUGGCUGAACAUUUUACCUGCCGUGCAAGACAGUUCCGCGCGCCAACAUAUUCCCAUGAAGCUUCACCUAGAAUCUAAUGGCUUACUGCAAAGCCCUUCCUGGGUUCAGAUAAAUGAGACAACGUUGAAGAAAGACGAGGUCCGAGUGAAGAUCCGAUAUGUUGGAUUAAACUUCAGGGACAUAAUGGUUGCUAUGGGCCUGGUAGGCACAAAGUCUCAAAUUGGGCUCGAGGCAAGUGGUAUCGUCUGUGAGGUGGGUACAGGCGUCACUGGCUUUCUCAUCGGCGACAGAGUUGGGCUUGUUGGCUCUGGGCUGUGCCAGACCUGUAUCAACGUUCCGGCUAGAACCUGCUGGAAGAUCCCAGAAUCGGUGUCCAUGGAGGUUGCAGCUUCUACACUUGUUCCGUUUUUGACGGCGCUAUAUUCUCUUACUUACGCUAGCAACUUGAAGAACGGCCAAUCUGUGCUUAUACAGUCCGCUUGUGGAGGAGUCGGACUUGCUGCUGUCCAAGUUUCUCAAUUGAUUGGCGCCAAUAUUUAUGCCACAGUCGGAAGCGACAGCAAAACAGAAUAUCUAACGACUAACUUUUUGCUACCGAAGGAUCAAAUCUUUUGCUCCAGAGAUGACUCAUUCUGGCCUAAUCUCAUUAGAGCGACGGAAGGAAAGGGUGCAGACGUGGUGUUGAACUCUCUUGCUGGUAAAUUGCUACAUGCCUCGUGGAACUGCGUUGCUAAGUUUGGUAAAAUGAUUGAGCUUGGAAAAAUCGACUUUUCAACGAACGGAAGCCUGGAUAUGGGCCCAUUUGCUGGCAAUCGGUCAUUCGUCGGCGUCGAUCUGCUCCAACUAGCCAGCGAGCUACCCGAGCUUCUUUCCAGGCUCAUCGACGAGCUUGCUGGAUAUUUCCAGGCUGGCCAACUAAAUCCUCUACCAAUACAACGCAUAUAUGACGUAACCGAGGUAAUGGACGCAUUGAGGCAGAUGCAAAAGGGUCAGCAUAUUGGCAAAUAUGUUGUGAGAAUCCCGAGCGGCAAUGAUCAGCUGCAGGUGUCAUCUGUUUCUUGCUCUCCAAAAUUUCCCUCGAACGCCUCCUACGUCUUGGCCGGCGGACUGGGUGGCCUUGGUCGCGCAGUGUCCAACUGGAUGGCGGAGAACGGAGCGAGAGAGCUGGUAUUUCUCUCCCGAAGUGCCGGAAAACCGUCUGAACAUGAUGGCUUCUUGCACGAACUGUCAGUGCAGGGAUGCAAGGCAAUUUGCAUUGCAGGGAGUGUGACAAACCCGGCUGAUGUUGGACGUGCAGUCGCUGCCUGCAGUUUUCCGCUCAGGGGUGUGCUCCAGCUCUCGGCAGCUCUUCACGACCGAACUUUCCGCAACAUGACGUACAAGGAAUGGACCGACUGCCUCGACCCCAAAGUGAUGGGAACUUGGAACCUCCAUGAGGCAACCAAGGACAGUCAAGACGUUGAAUUUUUUGUCUUGUUUGGCUCUUUGGCGGGCGUUUACGGCAACAGUGGACAGGCAAACUAUGCUGCCGGCAACACAUAUCUGGAGAGCUUCGUCUAUUACCGUCGCAAUUUGGGCUUGCCUUGUUCCCUGCUGAACUUGGGGCCUGUAGAAGAGGUGGGCAUGAUUAGUCGAGACGACAAGCUUUUACAGGCCUUGAAGGUUGCGUCCUGUAAGCUGCUCUCAGAGGAGGAUGUUUGUGAGGGCCUUGGUAUGGCAAUUGUCCAGUCGAAAGCGCCGAUACCCAGCGACCCAAGCCCGGCAGCGACAGAGUCUACACUGUCAUCGUGUGCGGGUAUAAUCAAUAUUGGCUUGAGCACCACUGCAGAGCCAUCAGAGCCGUCGCCACGGCCAUCCUGGACCAGCGAGGCACGCUUCUCCCUUUAUGCCAACCUGAAGCCGACAAAAAGCAAUAAACCACAGUUUGUGGACGACAAAUUUCGAUCCUUUGUGGACAAGAUUGAAGCAGAUCCUUCCAUCCUCAACGAAUCGCAGACAGAGCUGAUCAUUUGCAGGGAGAUUGCAAGGCUCAUGACGGGGUAUCUCGCUGACGAAGGGGAGAUUAAGGACGAGGAUGUGGGUAAUAUUGCCAUCGACUCGCUCAUGGCAAUUGAGAUCAAAGACUGGGUUAGGGGUAACAUGAAUCUUGAUGUCAGUAUGGAUCAGACAUCUAGAGCGCGCACCUCGGGACAGUUGGCGAGCGUAACUCUGGAGCGCCUUAAAGUAAAAUACGGACUGUUGCAGUGA